AAUGGCUUUAAUCUUUAGGAUAGCCAUGCAAUUUGUUGGACUUUUAUUAUCUUUCCUGGGAUGGAUUUUAUCCAUUAUUACAACUUAUUUGCCACACUGGAAGAACCUCAACCUGGACUUAAAUGAAAUGGAAAACUGGACCAUGGGACUCUGGCAAACCUGUGUUGUCCAAGAGGAAGUGGGGAUGCAGUGCAAGGACUUUGACUCCUUCCUGGCUUUGCCUGCUCAACUCAGGAUCUCCAGGAUCUUAAUGUUUCUGUCAAAUGGGCUGGGAUUUCUGGGCCUGCUGGCAUCCGGGUUUGGCCUGGACUGUUUGAGAAUUGGAGAGAGUCAGAGAGAUCUCAAGAGGCGACUGCUAAUCCUGGGAGGAAUUCUGUCCUGGACCUCGGGAAUCACAGCCCUGGUUCCUGUCUCUUGGGUUGCCCACACGACAGUUCAGGAGUUCUGGGAUGAGACCGUCCCAGACAUUGUCCCCAGGUGGGAGUUUGGGGAGGCCCUCUUUCUGGGCUGGUUUGCYGGACUUUCUCUUGUASUAGGAGGGUGUCUGCUCAACUGUGCAGCCUGCUCCAGCCACGUUCCCCUAGCUUCGGGCCACUGUGCAGUGGUACAAAUGGAAGAUGAUCAUCAGCAAUUGGAGACGAGAAACACCAGCCUGAAAAACUAAGCCAGAAACGACAAGCGUCUGCUGUGCAGGAGGAGCCAGCUCAAUGCUGGGUUUGGUAGGAUUUCCCACUAUCAUCAUCUCACUAUGCUUCUUGUUUUCUAAAAUGUAUUUUUUCCUGUGGCUAGUAAACUAUAAUUUCUUUCUAGGACUGGUGAACCACUUCUAUCUUCCACUCUGAGACCAAAACCAAUCAAGACUUAAUAGUAAUGACACCCAUUACCAUGGAUGAGUUUUCUCGAUUUUAAAAUGGUGACUGCAUAGAAGUGGUAAAUAAAGCAUUAAAUUAAUCCUUAUGUACCUUUGAAGGUAUUAUUCAUAUGGAGCUGAAUCAUUUUGGCAUUCAUGUACUUCUUUCAGGUGUUUAAGGUAACCUAGUACGAUAAACCUGAGGUCCUGUUGCAUAUUCAUUUAAAAUGCACGACAUCUUAUUAUAUUAAAUUAUCAUUGGCUCCUUAAAAGCUUUAGAAGUAAAAGGUGUAGACACAUCUCCUUCGGAGUCAGAGAUCUCAGUAUCUCCAUGAAGCCUUUUUUCAAAAUGCAGCCACCUUCAAUCAUGCCUUCUUUACUAUGUCAGAAGCAGGAGGGCCAUCUUGUGCUUUGGAUGAGUCACGUAGACUGGGCCGCACAAUCGUGCUUCUGCAUCCUGUGCUCUGUAUUUGAUGGGCAGCACUUCUGGCUUCGCCGGCUCUGCAGCCUAGGGGCGCGCAGCAGGCCAGGCCAGGUGUGCGGGUGGAGAGCCUCCUGGGAAGGCUGCCUCACCGUGCAGCGUACCGCCAGCCCAGACGGUGCGACGACAGAGCACAUAUUCCGGAGCCCUUCAUUUUAUUUGCACAAUGAAAAUACUUCCUCCUUUUUAUCAGCAAUACACAUAGUUCCAACAAGAACUAUUCAUCGCAAACUGUUGGCCUGGAGAUUUCUUCAUGAAAUAUUUUGUAUUUGCUUGGUACAUGGCUCAAGGAAAUUCUUGUAUUUGUGCCAAUCAGGGAAAUAAACUGAACAAUAAACGACACUGAAAUAGAGUGUUAGGCAAUAUGUAUCUUUGUUUUUUGUUUUUUAAAAAAAACCCACUGAAUUUUUUUCCACCCACAAACACAUGGAAAGUGCAGAAACCAAAGUUAAUCUAUGUGAUGUAUUUGCAUACGUUUACAAACAAGACAAAU